GCCAGACACAUCCACUCACAUCUCCACCUUUUUCUGCGAGACGUCUAAGGAAAAAUCUCACAUUUCCCGACCCCCCAAAACCAUGCAGAUGCAUUGCCUCCCAUUUCUCCUUCUCCUAAGUUAGUUUUUUGUUUUUGUUUUUUUGUCCUCGACAUUGCAAUUAGCUACCCCCUCCCCGCCUCCGGGGUCCUCCUCCUUCAAUACUCUCGGAGGACCCUGAUCCGCUUCUCCUCCUCCUCUAUGCGCCUUCGUUUGUUUCUUUCUUGUCAAACAAGUUUUGAGUUUGACCUACAUUUUUCUUUUUAACUCUUGUUAAAUUGAUUAAUUUUUUGGAAAAAGUCUGGCAUUGUGAUAUUUUAACUACAUUUUGAAUUAGCAAGCAUUCGAUUGUUUGCCAAAGUUCUUCUGUAUGUUGAAAGGAGAUUCCUGAAUAUCAGAGAUUAGUCAGAAGACAUGAGUUGUUUUCCGUGUUUCGGCUCACAGAGAAGUCAGAGAUCAAAUAGCAACAAGAGAUUAGAGAAUGACUCGUCUUCUCCUCCUAUCGCGCAAGAAUUGAAGAAACAAAAACCUGCAGAGGCCACCGAGGCAGUUAAUCCAGCAGAUAUUAAUGCAAAGACUUUCACUUUCCGGGAGCUUGCGACAGCAACAAAGAAUUUCCGGCAGGAAUUUCUUUUGGGGGAAGGUGGAUUUGGAAGAGUCUAUAAGGGAGCUCUUCAGUCGAGCGGGCAGGUGGUGGCGGUGAAGCAACUGGACAGACAUGGAAUGCAUGGGAACAAAGAGUUUCUUGGGGAUGUUUUGAUGCUAAGCCUCCUACACCAUGCAAAUCUGGUUAACCUAAUUGGAUAUUGUGCUGAUGGAGAUCAAAGACUUUUGGUGUAUGAAUUCAUAUCCGGGGGUUCUGUAGACGAUCGUGUUCUUGGCAAUGGACCAGAUGACAAGCCAUUAGAUUGGUACACCCGAGUUAAAAUAGCUUAUGGUGCUGCUAUGGGACUGGAGUACUUGCACGAAAAAGCCAAUCCCCCAGUUGUCUAUCGAGAUUUGAAAUCUUCAAACAUCUUGCUAGACGAAGCAUUCAAUCCAAAGCUCUCAGAUGUUGGACUUGCCCAGCUUGGCUCCGAGGGAGAUAAGAGUCAUGGACCAUCAAGACUGAUGGGAACCUAUGGUUUCUGUGCUCCUGAGUAUUCAAAAUCGGGUGAAUUCACAAUGAAGUCGGAUGUGUACAGUUUCGGGGUUAUACUUCUGGAGCUCAUUACCGGAAGAAGAGCCAUUGACACAACAAGGUCAAAUGAUGAGCAAAAUCUAGUAUCUUGGGCACAACCCAUAUUCAGGGACCCGAAAAAGUAUCCUGACAUGGCAGAUCCUCUUCUUAACAAGCAAUUCCCAGAAAAGGAUCUAAAUCAAGCUGUUGCAAUAGCAUCCAUGUGUUUGCAAGAGGAGGCAGAAGUUCGUCCCUUCAUGAGUGACGUUGUGAAUACUCUAAGUUUUCUUUCCACAACUCCUCCUCCUCCUGAGGCUGUUCCUGCUCCUCGUCCAGCUGAUCUGACCCCAACUGAAAAACGUGAAGAGAACAAUGACGAAUCAGAAUGUGUUUCUGAAUAUUCAGAAGACGAUGAUCUUGAUGAUGCAGGAGAUGAUGACGAAGAUCAGGAGGCUUCUGAUCAAGAGAGUAUCAGAAAUUCAAAGAGCAACCGCCGUAGCGUUGACAUUUCAGAAGGUGAAGGUAGCGAAAAUGAACGCCAAGUAACUUCUACAGAAUCCAAAGAAUGGCAUUCAUUUACAAGGGGCAGCAUGAUAUCACGGAACGACAGUGUUAAUUCAAGUGACCAGGGCAGCAAGGGUGGUAAUAAUUUGGAUGGUAAUUCAAGCCAAGUGAGCAGCAAUCAAUCCAAAUAUGCAAGUGCAUCUUCUAGAAGCAGUAGCAGUGGGUCAACAGAAGAAAUCGUUUCCAAUAGCAGAAAGAACAGCAGAAAAGCAUCACAAAAAGAAACUGCUACUGUUACAUUAGCUGGCAAUAGCUGUACCGAGGAAAAAUCAUCAGAAGGCGGAAGUGUUUGCACAAAUGAUCAGGAUCAGAAAAGCAUAAGCAAGGUACAACAACUACCACCAGUACUGAAAGAUGGAAAAGUUUCGGUAGACCAACACAGAAACAACGAGGAAUCGCACGAUUUUAAAUCAUCGAAAAAAUGUCAAUCCAGUCGCUACUAAAAUGUCUCUAACUUGCACAUACAUUUGAACAUGAGAUAUUUUUUGUAUGGAUGAGCCAUGCAUGGCUUUUGUCAUUCAAAGAUAGCAAACGAGAAGCAUUGCUACAAAGGUGCCCUAUUGAGAUGCAUAAGUACGUUGGUAGAAGGAGAAAUGCUGCCCAAGGCCAAGAAUUUAAUGAUGUGCUUCUUUUCAGUUUUUUUAAGAUUUCGAUUAUAUUUCAU